UUUACUCGGUGAAAUUUUGUGAAAGCGGGAUCCAGAAAUAAUCAUCAUUGAAGGUGGAGGACGAUUGCACAGUUAAUUAAUUCUAUUGAUGUGCCAUUUGUAUGCAAGAGUGACAUUCCGUUGUAUUAUGUGCCAAUUCUCUCUCCUUCACAGAACGGGUUUGUUGAGAAAUUUGUCUACCGAAACAGCAGUGGGGUAUUCGACGCAAGUUGGGUAACGUGAAAUAUUGUAUUUCUGUCAGCGCAGACGUAUCAGGCAUGGCAGCACUGAACCAGGAAAGCGAUCGUUUCAAACGUGCUGAAAUUUUGAUUGAAAUCGGAACAGAUGCUCUUCAAAAAAAAAUUGACGAAUGGCUUCCCCCAAUAAUAUUACAACGAAAGCUGAAGGAAAAUAAGGAUAAUAUAUCACAGAUAGCAAAUCGCCAACAACUUGCUAUUCUUUACAACACAUAUGAUCCUUUGUCGUCAAAAAGCAUGGACUUGACGUUAAUGGUAUUGGUGUUACGAAACACUGGAUUAAAGCAACCACACACUUCUUCUUUUGAUAAAUUACCCAAAGAGCAUGAAGUAAGUGAUGGGGCUGACGUUGCAAGAUUAAAGUUCUAUAGGAAUGAAUUAGCUCACUCGAGGAUAAAGGAACUAAAUGAGCAAAAAUUUGCAGAAAUAUCUCGAACAAUAAAAAAGGUUAUCCAAAGAUUCGGUGGUUCGCAGUUUGAUGACAGGAUAACUCGUAUAAUGAAGGAAAGUCUUGAUUACCGUGCAAAAAGAAUUACUUGGCAUGUACGGGAAACGAUGGUUUUGUUGCCAGCUGCAAUAAAUGAGUUUGUGCUUCAACUAAAUAAUCAGCAGCAACUACACUAUUCAAUUGCAAUUGGUGGAGGUAUCCUCUUAGUAUACAUCAAGCAAUAUAGUUCACGUGAAGAACUAACAACCUACCUGUUUCAUGUACAGAACCCAACUGUGAAACAAUGUAUUUUUAUUCUAAAUAAACUUGCAGAACUCAACUUGCGUCAAACAAAACAAGAUAAUUCGCGCAAUGAUAUAACACCUGGUAUUCUAAGGACAGAUGGACAUGCUACCUUUCCUUGCUCCCAUUCUACUCUCAAUUCAGAUUUACCAGAAAUUUGUUUGCCAUCUGGAAACGACAAAAAAGCAUCUAAGUAUUUGUCGAGGCCAAUUCCUAUGGGAGAUGAUGGUUUACGUAUCAAUUCGCGCUUUUACAGAUGCCAAAAACAAGGAUAUGAUAGUUGUUCCAACCAACAUAUUUCCACGCACAGAGUCAGUAACACUAAAAUAAAGUCGUGCAAACCACAAUAUCUCUCAUAUAGUCAAUCUUCAAGUACAUUUCCAGAUUCGAUCAAGCCGCUAGCUGACAAGUACCUUGAGUACACAGAACUAACACUUAUCUGUCCGAUAAAUCAAACCAAUAACCAUCUGAAUGUCAAUGCCUCUAACGUAAGUCUUUUAGGCUCGAACGAAAAUGUCGAUGACUGCAAACAGCCAAGUGAAUAUGACCAUUUGAUUAGGAAAAAACAUGAUGAACAACAUGAAUUUUGGGACCUUGAAAUGGACAUUUUUUGGGCUCUCAAUUUUAUGAUUCUAAACCUUGCAAUGGUCGUGGCAAUGAAAAUUAUAUACCCUAUUUUUAAAGGUAUCUUUAAUUCACAUGUACCUGCUAAAUUCGCAACAUUCAUUUUUGUCCUUGUGUGUUGGGUGUUAAUGAUCCUUUCUAUAAAGAAAUAAUAUCGACUCACCAAAGAGUAAAAAUGUGUCUUUUUGAAUUUCACAUUUGUGUUAUGUGAUACUGUGACCUUACGUUAAUCAAAUAAUAUGAUUUUGACAUUACGUUAUGUGUUUUCAUUAAAUAACAUUUUUAAUAUGAUAAAAACAAAACAUGAUUUCUUUUAUGUUUUUCUUUUAUUGAUGUACGCUUUAUUGUAGAAGCUAUGGUACAUUUUAUUUGGAAACGAAGAAUAAUUUCAGAAUGAUGCGAGAUUGCUAUAAGCCGAUCAAAAUACAGUAUUUUAAGGAAACCGCUUGGGCCAUAUGCAUAACAAAUCUUUAAAGAGUUCCUUCCAAUUAGAUUUCACUUUAAAUUUCCGUCUGUGUACAUUUACGCCAAACAUUUUUCAUUUUUAAAUUAAAAAGAAAAUCAAAUUGCUUUGCAAAUUUUAAAGGUAGUUUGUCGGAACAAUGUAACAACAAUCUAUUGAAAUCACUUUCGAAUAACUAUUUUCUCUAUGAGAUUUGAAAUUUGUUAUUUUCAUGAAAUUAUAUUUUUGAUUUUAGGAAGAUAUUGAAACAAACCACAAA